AUGGGUUGUCGUAUGCUAUCUGCAUCCAAUAUAAACUAUCAAUUACUUAGAUUGCAGGCAGUAGUCAGCACUUUCAGCCAAUAUUUGAUACCACUGUCCCUAAUCGGCUAUUUCUACGGUAUGGUCAUGUAUACAGUAUGGAAAAGGGAACGGGUGUUGGGCAGCAAUGGUGGACGGGAAGGGUUGAACAGAAACAGUAGUAAACAAAAGUUGUUUAACCGGAAUAAAAAACGUACGAUAAAGAUGUUGAUGACUGUUGUGGUGGUAUUUGCUGUCUCGUGGUUUCCCACACAUCUCGAAUUAUUUCUAACGGUUUUCAUUAAUGACAUACCUGUCCACAACCAGUCGAUGACAACCACCGCCACUAUCGACGAAUGCAAAUCCAUAUUUUAUAUGAUAUUCAAUUGGCUAGAAAUUAGCAGUUGUUUCUAUAAUGUGUUCAUCUAUUGUUAUUUCAAUCAUGAUUUCCGAUCGGAAGCCAUCCGAUACUGGAAUUGUAUGAUACCUAAGGGUUGUUAUUGUCUUCAGAUGGCUUUACCAGCACCGGGUGCUGAGUCGUCGUCAUCAUCGGAUAAUACCAACAACAGUGGUGCCACAAAUACUACAUCUAAUAAUAAUAAUAAUAAUUUUUAUUGUUCAACACAAGUAUAG